AUGAUUUUCACUUUAGUCGACACUCCCUCGUGUAACUUCAGUGAUUUCAAGCAUGUCGCCUUGAAGAUAUAUGUUUCCGGCACUGCGGACAGGAACCAUGAACUUGACGUGGUGAUGAGCCUUGACGCCUUGAAGCCCUGCAUUGCGACAGGUAUUAGGUGUAGUCGAUUUCCUACAUACCGAAGCGCAGGUCAUACAUACUGGUAUGAUUCCGAGAAAUCCUUACUAUCCAUUGUGGCUGACAGUUCCGAAGAUCUACAAUUAAAGAAUCUGCUUCUCCCAGGUGAUCCAAAGAAUUUCUCGGGUCUUGAGGAUUCUGAGAUUGAGGAACCCUCGCCUAGAAAGGUACUUGGUCCUGAGCGCACAAUCUACACCAGCCAUAUAGUUGUCCCCGGAAAUGGGUUGCCAUUGCUCAGUGACUUCGGAGAAGCCCGCUUCAGCGAGGAAGAGCAUGACGAGGAUAUCAUGCGAAAUCUUUACAGGGCUCCUGAGGUGGUGCUAAUGAUGAAAUGGGAUAACAAGGUGGAUGUAUGGAGCAGUGCCCUGAUGACCUGGGAUAUGGUCUGCUCUCAAACGCUAUUCGAUGGCAGAAACAGUGAUGAUGUUUUUGAUGAUCGAGUCCAUCUUGCUGAGAUGGUUGCAAUUAUGGGACCACCUCCCACCGAGUUCAUCAAACGAAGCAAGGUAGGCUCGAUAUUCUGGGAUGAGGAUGGGAAAUGGAAGGAGCUUGCGCCAGUGCCGAACAUGACGCUUGAGGAAAGGGCGGCUAAUAUCCAGGGACCCAACAAGGAAGAAUUCUUAAAGUUUGUGCGAAGAGCAUUAACAUAG